AUGGGUUCGACCAGUAAAAGACCUGAACUAAGUGGUAGUGUUGUUGGACAUGGAGUGUAUCAUUUGGAAGAAUUGCAUUUCCAUUGGGGAGACGAUAACUUCGAAGGAACUGAACACUCAAUUGAUAACUACUUUGGAUCGGCAGAGCGAUGGGAUUGUAGUGUUGACUGUAAUCUCACAGCUUUCGAGGUCUGA